GCUUAGGAUAGUGUGUGUUUUACACAGCUGUAAUUCCACAGAUAUUACAUGAAGUGUGGAAUUAUAAAAGCACGUUUCUUCCCAUCCAGACAUGUUAUGCAAUGGCUAGAAGGUCUAGUGGUGCAAAUUGCCUGAUUUGCCACAGACCAUGCCUGCUAGAAGUUGAAUCACUGGAAUAGAGCUGGCCAUCUCCUGUCCUGGCAGGAUAGAGUGAGAAAGCUGUCACAUUAGAGUGGGGUAAGAGUUUCAUAUUUAAAUAUUUUCUGUGCUUGCUGCAGAGAGUGUGAACAUUGUCCUGAAUGUUUACAGAUUCAGAGUACAUCCAGUGUGCAGUGAGCUCAGCUCUGUCUGUUGCAUUAUAGAAGUACAAACAGUGGUCACUUACUGGACCUUCUGAAAUGUCACUGAAACGCACAUAUUGUAUGAAACUCAUGCUGUGUGCUUUCUUCUGUCUCAUAUUGCUCUGGUUUCAGCUUCCUAGGCCACUUAUUAAUGGUCAAUGGAGUUCGAUCUUACCUUUCUUGUCCUCCAAAAAAACUGGGGUUGAUUUUUCAUCUUUGUUUUUAGAAGAUCUGCAAGAACCAAAAUGCCAGGACCACCAGGUCCUCAUGAUCUUAGUGACUUCCCAUCCGGGACACCGCAAAUCAAGGAAGGCAGUAAGAGAGACGUGGGCUGCGCCAGUCACAGAAGCAACCUACACCUGGCAAGUUGUCUUUCUGAUUGGUCGUACAGUGGACAUUGAAUUGGACUGGCAUAUUCAUAAGGAGCAAGAGGCUUACGGUGAUAUCCUGAUGGGCAACUACCUGGACACCUACCGAAAUCUUACGUUGAAAGUGAUGCAUGGGAUGAAGUGGGCAUCAGAAAGGUGUCAACCACAGUACAUUCUCAAAACCGAUGAUGACUGCUUUGUCAACACUGACCAUCUUCCUGCCUUUUUAGCCAAUCAUAACAUGGCCAAAACUGGUCUUUAUGUUGGCUCAGUGUUUCCCAGGGAGAAACGUAUGGUAAUACGGGAUCACACCAGCAAAUGGUAUGUUUCACGACAACACUUCCAGCUGGAGUUCUACCCCCCGUACGCUAGUGGCAUUGGGUACAUUUUAUCUCUUGAUGUGACUAGAACAAUCCUGAAUGUGGCUGAGACUAUUCCACCAAUUCCAGUGGAAGAUGCCUAUAUUGGGAUUUUGGCCAGGAGAGCUAAGAUAAAGCUCCUUCCAAGUUCGCGGUUCACCAAGUACAACAUAAAGUGGGGUAUCUGUAACUACCGGUACUUAAUGGUGAUUCACCAGCUGCUGCCAGGAGAUCAGGAAUUUGCCCAGAAAAAUGCACAGAGGGCAAGGACUCAUUGUCGGCAAAACACUGAAGUGACACAUUGGUAGUGAGAGUCCCCCUCUCAUACAGGGUUAUUUACUAAAGUGAGACUUUAAAGUGAAUUUCAGGUCCAGAUAAUAAAUAAUCCUGUCAGUGUGUAUAUUCUGAUCAAUGGUAUGUGUGUCUUUUUAUAGACCAAAUAAAAAAAUAAAUCUGUGCAUAUAGGAGGGAGGCUGUCAGUCAGCCUGGAGUGUGUUCAUCAAAGGCCAACACUCCUCUGAUUAACUAAUGAGAACUAGGGGCAAACUACAUUACUGUGAGUUUUAUUGCUGUGGAACUUUGUGAUACACACUUUACAUUACUGUGAGUUUUAUUGCUGUGGAGCUUUGUGAUACACACUUUACAUUACUGUGAGUUUUAUUGCUGUGGAGCUUUGUGAUACACACUUUACAUUACUGAGAGUUUUAUUACUGUGGAGCUCUGUAAUAACCCAAUACACACUGCACAAUACUGUGAGUUUUGUUUUAUACAUACAGCAUGUUACUGAGACAUUUAUUGCUUUGGAGCUCUGUGAUACACAGCAAACAUUACUGUGAGAUUUAUUGCUGUGGAGCUCUGUGAUAUAAUUAUACCAAGUGCAAUUUGCUGUGAGAUUUAUUGUAUCUCUGUAACAUUGUGACCCCUGGUUCUUACCUUAAGUUUAACCCAGUACUGAUUUAAACAUUUUCUCGUUUGUAUCUUCUUAAUAUAUAGAAAUUUGUAUUGUCUUUAUUAAACAUUUAUUACUCCCGUAUCUCCAUUACAGCAUUUUUUGCGGAAUAUAAAGUCAAGAAAUGGUGUAGGGGAUCCAGUCAUGAUGGUGUGGGGAUCCAGUCGAUGUGAUGGUGUGAUGGCCUUGGUGUACGAGAUCCAGGCAUUAUGGCGUGGGGUAGGGGAUCCAGUCAUGAUGGUAUGGGGGAUCCAGUCAGGAUGGCGUGGGGUAAGGGAUCCAUGCAUGAUUGCCUUGGUGUAUGGUAUCCAGUCAGGAUGGCGUGGGGUAGGGGAUCCAGUGAUGGUGUGGGGUAGGGGAUCCAGUAAUGGUGUGGGGUAGGGGAUCCAGUGAGGAUAGCGUGGGGUAGGGGAUCCAGUCAUGAUGGAGUGGGUUGGGGGAUCCAGUCAGGAUGGCAUGGGGUAAGGGAUCCACGCAUGAUUGCCUUGGUGUAUGGUAUCCAGUCAGGAUGGCGUGGGGUAGGGGAUCCAGUGAUGAUGGCGUGGGUUGGGGGAUCCAGUCAGGAUGGCGUGGGGUAGGGGAUCCAGUGAUGGUGUGGGGUAUGGGAUCCAUGGAUGAUGGUGUGGGGUAGGGGAUCAAGUGAGGAUGGUGUGGGGUGGGGGAUCCAGUCAUGAUGGCAUGGGUUGGGGGAUCCAGUCAGGAUGGCGUGGGGUAGGGGAUCCAGUGAUGAUGGUGUGGGGUGGGGGAUCCAGUCAGGAUGGUAAGGGGUGGGGGGUCCAGUCAUGAUGGCGUGGGAUGGGGAAUCCAGUCAGGAUGGCGUGGGGUAGGGGAUCCAGUCAUGAUGGCGUGAGUUGGGGGAUCUAGUCAGGAUGGUGUGGGGCAGGGGAUCCUGUCAUGAUGCGGUGGGGGAUCCAGUCAUGAUGGCAUGGUGUUGGAGAUCCAGUCAUGAUGGUAUUGGUGUGGGGGAUCCAGUCAUGGUGGUGUGCUAUAGGGGAUCCAGUCAUGAUGCUGUUUCAUACGUUAUCUGCCCUUGAUCUGUUGACUUUGAGAUCAUCCUUCUCAAGACAUGCUUGGACCCUGGUGAUGACACUCUGCUUGGAGGCCGCCGGCUCACAGAUCCAUCGAAGUACAGUGUAACAGUUAUCCAGUUGCAUAUUCCUGCCCAGUUUUGCACAGGAGCCCAUUCCUUCUGAGAUUGUC